AUGGUGCUGGGGGCGGUCCUGGGUGCCGGCAUUGGUCUCGUCGGCGGUGUGGGGGUCGGUUCCUUGCUGUUCGGCAACACCGACUCAAAGUCGUACAGCCACCUGGACGAGCGGGCGGACCGCGAUGACAACGUGGCGGAGGCCGUGCCGCGCGGCCCCAUACGGAAGGACAUGCGGCAGGUGCUGGAGCUGUCGCCGGCGUGGACCAAGUGGCCGGACUACGAGCGGGUGGCCUGGGUCAACCGAAUGAUUGCAACACUGUGGCCCCACUAUGACAGAGCAAUCGCACAAAUCGUGGACGAGACAGUGACCCCUGUAUUAGCUGAGGUUGCAAAGGGAAUCAAAUUCGUGGACUCCAUUGAUAUUGAGAGAAUGGAUCUUGGAAGCAAGCCAUUGAAGAUUGGGGGUUUCAAGACAUAUGAAACGAGAGAGGACGAAGUCAUUAUGGAGGCGCCUUUGCUGUGGGGAAGCAAUGCGAAUAUCCGCGUGUCUGCGCGUAUCAAGCUGGGACCAAUCGCGAUCUACGUCCCGGUUGUGGUCCAAAACAUCCAGUUGCACGCUGUUGCGCGGAUCACUAUUCGCCCCCUGGUCGAGACUCUCCCCUGCUUGGGUGCUGUCCACGUAUCUCUGCUCAACCCCCCACACCUGGACAUGACCCUGAAGCUGAUUAACAAUAUCGACCUGAUGGCGCUGCCAGGGGUCAAAGAGCUGGUGAAUGGGAUCGCUCAGUCUGUCAUCGGCAACAUGAUGCUCUAUCCCAACCAGUUCUCAGUCGAUCUGAUGGAGGGUGGUGGUCUUCCACCUCCACCCACAGGAAUGCUUCAGGUGGAGCUCAAGAAGGUUGAAGGGCUAAAGAACCAGGACCUCCUUAGCAAGAAUGACACUUACGUCAUGAUCACGGUGAGGGAGGGAAGACCACAACGGAGCAAGACCGUGAAGGGGACCUCUGUGACGUUUGAUGAUGACCCUUUCCACUUCAUUGUGGACGAUCCCGAAACCCAGUCAUUGACCUUCCGGGUUUAUGAUGAUGAUUUUGGGUGGUCAGACCACUGCCUUGGCAUUGCGGAUGUGCCAUUGGAGUCUGCAUGCUUCAUGGAGGAAGAGGGCUUCAUGGAAGUGACAUAUGACAUCUACAAGGAGGAGCAGAAGCCGUCUGUGUCUAAGACGGUCAGGAAGCUGGCUGCAGCUGUGAGCCGCAAGAGCAGUGCCAAGGCUGCUGCCCCAGAAGGAAAGGUCACUGCAAGGAUAAAAUACUACCCAUUCUUGCGUCCGAACUCAGCAGAUGAAGACGACGAGGAGGAGGAAGAAAAGCCCGCAGCCCGGCCCAUGACUUUCAACAGGCUGAGCACGAUGUCGGCGAUCAGGGACAACAUGAGGGGCUUGCUUUCUGUCACCCUCACCCGCUGCAUGCACCUUGCUGGUAGCAACACUUAUGUGCACUUCUCCCUGCACGACAAGGUGACGCACAAGGUAACGGAUCAGAGGUCCACUAUUGUGCCCAACGACAGCAGCCCGCGUUGGGGCGACAAGUUCGACUUCGUCAUGAUCAACGCGCACUCGGAUCUCGUGAUCACCGUCAUUGAACAAACAGGCUUCCUGGAGUCUGUUGUGUCUCUGAAAAUAGCAAAGAAAGCUGAGGAGAAGAACAAGGCCAUCGGGAAGGUCCUCAUCCCAGUGAAGGACGUGGUGCGCAAUGGCCGCCUGAAGGACGUCUGGGCUCUGCAGGAGGUGCAGCAGGGGGAGAUCGCGCUGACGCUCACAUGGACAAGCGUGGAAUUCGCCGCAUGA